UUAGCGAAUACGACAUGGCCGUGUUACCACUUCCCAACUCUGAAACAACACUCGGCGACAUAGCAAAGUUGAAAGCAGCAGUGGCACCUCUACAUCCGUACCUGCUUCCCUCAACCCUGACCCUGACUACGGUUGCUGGGGGACUAUUCUCUUCCUCCGCAGGCAAUAUAGAUGAUCACGUGACCACCCACGUGAGUUCACACAAUUCCAUGCUCCUGUCCCGAUCCAGCAUAUCUUCUCUGCUCAGCUCGGUUCAGAACAAAGAAUCAGUCUCUUCACCACCUCAAAAACAUCAGUCUGACUCGGAGACUGAGAACAAGACGAUGAUGGGCGAGGUUAUGGGGGAUGAGGUUGAGAUGUUGGAUCUGACGGACAAUCUAUCCUCACCAAACCGGGAUAGUCAACAAGAAAUACAAUGCCAGAGGUCCCCCGACUCAACAGUGAAGCACAGCAUAGAACGCAUCCUCGGUCUCCAGGCACACGACAACUCCGGCUCCGCCGCAUCCCUCGCCACUCCUUUCUCAUCAAUAAAAUCAAAGUCCAAACUGCAGAGAAGGAACAGGAUCACAUUUACAGCAGCCCAACUUGAAGGCCUGGAGAAGUCAUUUCAAGAAACACAUUAUCCUGACGUGUUUGGGAGAGAAGAGAUUGCUUACUCUCUGCAGUUAACUGAGCAACGAGUUCAGGUUUGGUUCCAAAAUCGUCGAGCAAAGUGGAGGAAGAGACAAAAGCUGUCUAACGGGCGUCCAGGACCAGUGCCAAGAGGGAUGAGACUUAUUGGCGGAACUUGUGCGGAUAAAUCUCAACCUAAACCUGUUGAACACAAACCCUCUAAUGGCAUGGGACCAGUCAUAACCUCAAUCUCCGGAGGUAACCUCAACUCUACCCUACUCUGGAAGACCCCCACCAUGGCAAACUACCCCUGGUUAGGAAAUCUCCCUUCCCUCUCGACCUCCUCUCUCAGCCUUGCUUCCUCCCUGUCGUAUGAGAGGCUCCAGCAGCUGGGUCUACUCGGAGGUCUGGCUUCUCAAGCUCGUGGUGAACAAGUCAACACUUCUUCUCUCCCUAACUCCAGAAUCAGUUGAGAAGAGGAAAUUGGCCGUUCCAUUUACUGAUAGCGUGUUUUAAGCUGAUUCUCAAGUUUGAAGGGAAGAUCUGAGAAGUACCUGCGAAGAGAGAGGAAGGGACACUAGAUUGAACGAAGAAGGAACAGAGAACAAACUGAUAAUUUUAUGUUUGUGAUCAAUGAUUUAAGUAUUGACAAUAUUUAACUUUUUGCGGCAAGGAUCUUGCCACAGUAUAAUACGAAACAGUUUUGUGUGAUUUGACUUUUGAUUUAUUUCGUUAUAUUUAUUUGUUGAAUAAGUUCUGAUUUCACUU